UUUGUUGACAGGUGGGGAGGCAGAAGAUGUCAAUUGUUUAAGAUGUUAUUAACAGAUGAUGGAUUCAGCGUUGAGUGUUGUGUUUAGUAAUACUGCAUACCAGGCUUAGAAUGUUGAAGUAAUGCCCAGAACAUGGCAACGAAUAAUUUGCAAUGGCAGCGCUUUUGUAUAUGUAUCCAGAAACACGCCCCUCCCGUUCAUUCUGUCACUUUGGAUUUAAAGUGAUUUAAGUACACCUAAUAAAUUAAAACUUUAUUGUUAGACUUAAUUGUUUAUCGCGAUAGUAGUCGUUUAUGCAUGCUGCAUCACUGGUAAUUCGUUUUAUAUAGGUAUGGAAGAUAGCCUGAGUGUAAGGUCGUACGAAUCAGGUACUACUAGUGAAGAAUAUGAGAUUUUAGCUGGGAAUACCAUCAAUAGACCCCAGCUCCAUAUUGCAGAUGACGGUAGCAUUGAUGACUUAAGAAAAAAUUUGAGAGAAGUAUUGUCAGAAGACUGCCAGAGUCCGAAAAUGGAAAAUAGCAUAAAUAAUGCAGCUGUUACCCAGUCCUCAGAUGCAGAAGCUAUUAAAAUUGUCGGCAAAAGCAUAUUUUAUAAUGAGGACUCGGACAUUUCAAACUCGCCAUCAAAUGAAGUAGAGAAGGAAGACACCAUGAAGAAUGAAGAAUUGACAAAUGUUCCAGAUGUGCAACAGGAGUGUACUAUUUUUAAUGGAGUAACAUAUCUCGGUUCAGCUGCCAUAAAUGCUCCUAAAAGUGAAGCAGAGAUUCAGAGGAAUAUGGCAAUAUUAAAUGAACAGUCUAUAGAAAGUGGAAUUAAAAUUUCUGUGUCCGUUCCAAGCUCUUCCGAUGGAACAGUUGUGUUGUAUGAUGCAGCUACAAAUGCUGUGAUGGCACAGUAUGAAAUCCACCGGAUCUUGUACUACAGCAGAGGAACAGUAGGAACUAAGGAGGCGCCAUGUUUUGCAUUUACAUGGUCUCAUGGAGAAUCCCACGAAUCAGCCAUAUUUCAGUGCCAUGUAUUUAGAUGUGAUAUUCCAGAAGCUGUGGGCCAAGUUUCUGGAUGUUUCUCCAAGGCAUUCCAGCGUGUACCAAAGAGUCUUAUGAAUUCAGUGACAAGUCUUUCCAGUCCAGCACAGUCAGAUGAAGUGUUCAUUUUUCAAGUUACAAUGGCAAUCAAAGAAGAUGAUGGUCAUGGAAAUUUCUCACCGGUUGCAAGAGAUAGAAGUCAUUUCAAACUACGAGUUAAUAUGGAGAAGAAAAUAUGUCUUACUGUACAACAAGCAUCAGAACAUGGAAAGGAACUGGAAGUAGAACGCUGCUUUGGUGUUCUUAUCAGCCCAGGCCGUUACCGCAAGCACUCUGAUCUGCAACUUCUGGAAAUGGAGGCUCAUCCAUGCUCAGAUUCUGGUGAUAAGCUUGGUUCAUAUCUUAUAUAUGGUCAUUGGGAUCCUACAGAACCAGCUUUCGAGUCGCUGAAUAACCCAACACUUCAAGAUUAUUUGACAGUUGCUGUAGAUCUUGUGAUAAAAGGAAUCCAAGAACCAGUGAGAUUUAUAAUUGAGACACAAGUGCGAAUAUUUUCAAAAAAUGAACGUUUUUGGUAUCACAGUAGGAGGCCAUUGACACAACAAUUUAAUCUUCAUUUGAAAGAGAUACCAAGCAAUGAUUUAUCUGAAACACUCUAUGAAGUCAUGAAAAUUGAGAGUAGUGGAAAUUUCGAUGAGACACGAAGGAUUCCAGCUUUAACUCUUGCUUAUCUAACGAGUUCUCCAGCCAUUCCAGACUUAGAUAAUUUGACUCCCAGCAAUGAAGAAUUGUCAGAUGGUGAUGAGCCAUUGCUAAGUGGCACUGGUUCAGUGUCUAAAGACUGUUCAGAGGUUGAACUGGAAUCGUGGGCAGAAGUGCUUCUACGGUGGAGCAGUACAAAUCAGCGUCCACGUCAGUUAGCAGCAUUAGUACGUGCUGGAAUACCAGAAGCUCUUAGGGGAGAGGUGUGGCAACGCUUAGCUUGCUGUGACACUGACACUGCUACAAUGGAUACUUACCGAAUUCUUAUUACAAAGGACAGUCCAUGUGAGACUGUGAUACAGAGAGACAUUAAUCGGACAUUUCCAGCACAUGACUUUUUCAAAGAGGCUGGUGGAUUGGGGCAGGACUCCCUCUAUCGUAUCUCUAAAGCAUAUGCUGUUUAUGAUACGGAAGUUGGAUACUGCCAAGGCUUAAGCUUCUUAGCAGCAACUUUGCUUCUUCAUAUGCCAGAGGAACAAGCCUUCUGUGUCCUUAUUAAACUAAUGUACAAUUAUGGCCUACGAGAUUUGUACAAGGAUGGCUUUGAUGUCCUCUACUUGAGAUUGUAUCAACUGGACAGGUUGAUGGAGGAGCAGUUACCCAAAUUGUGGCAGCAUUUUACUGAGAAAGGUGUAGAGUCACACAUGUUUGCCUCUCAAUGGUUCCUAACUGUUUUUACAGCUAGGUUUCCACUGUAUUUUGUUUUCCAUAUUUUAGAUGUUUUCCUAUUACAAGGAGUAGAAACUCUGUUUCAAGUUGCAUUGGCUCUGCUGAUGGUUUGUAAGAAGGAAUUACUCACGCUUGAUUUUGAGACGACACUUAAGUAUUUCAGAGUUUCCCUCCCAAAGAAAUGUCGUUCUGAAGAAGUUGCCAAAAAUAUAAUGAAACUAGCUACAAGUCUGAAAGUAAAAAAGCUAAAAAAGUAUGAACAGGAAUUCAUAUCUGAAAAAGAAGCCCAAGAAGCUGAAAAGAGUUAUGCAACUCGACUUGAAUUUCUGCAGGCUUCCCUGCAACGUUCUGAGGAAGAAAAGAGAAGCCUCGAAGAAGAAACAUUGCAGAUUAAAGAAAUGCUGCAACGUGAAGUACAAAGGGCUGAAAAUGAAAGCUGCAGAAAUAAUACAAUCAUUACGGAAUAUAAACAGAUUUGCCAGAGACUGGAUGCAGAAAAGAUUGCAGCUAAAUUGGCACUACAGGAACUAAGGGCACAAGUUAAGUUAUGCAAUCAGUGUCGGAAACUGGUCUGUGGCACUGAGGAAGAAGUGACAGCAAACACAGGAACACCAGCUGCUACUAUUGAUCCCCAACUUCAAAGGGCGCAGGAAAGGAUUAGGGAGCUAGAGCUAGAACUAGCACAGACAAAACUUGCUCGAGUACAAGCAGAAUGUCUUAAUCAGGACCUUCUACACAAAUUACAUACAGCUAUUACAGAAGCACAAAUGAAUAAAACAACAUGGCCACCAUGGUUCCAAAAGACAUUAAGCUCAAUAAAGGAAGUGGCAAAAAAGGAUCUUAAAGAUGUAAACAUUAAGAUAUAUCCUAAAGAGGGAAACAGUAAAAGUGAAGUAUCAGGAACAAGUCCCAAAAGACGUGAUUCAGCACCUCCAUUCCCAAGAGAUUCUUACAGCCGUGAUAGCCUGUUUGAUGCAAGUUGUUAAAAAGGAACACAUUUGUGAUUAUGAUUUUCACAAUGAGCUUGUGUUUCAUCUGUGUCUGUUGUCCCACAGGUAACAUUUAUGGUCAUUUUUUCAGUUACAUGUGCAUGUAUUUGGUGUUAUGACUGUAGUUUGUGUAGAGAAAUACUCAAAUGUGAAUGAGUUAGGGAAAAUUGAAUGAAUGUUGUAUAUUAUGUAAAAAUGAAUCUCUUCCAGCAGGCCUUUCAUUACUCAGGUGUUUCAGUUUCAUUCCUGUGAAUGUAUUAUUUAGAGUGACUGAGAAAUGCAAACAGCUGAUUAAAUGAAAAGUAGAUAUUAUAUGUUACUGCAUUGCUAUACAGGAAAUGGAUGAGCUAUUGUGGAUUCAUUUGCUAGUCAUUGUCUCUUAUGCCAGUUUGAAGAGACCACACUUAAUAUAGAGUGCUAUGUAUGAUGCUAUGAAUGUAUAUUUUUGUAACAUAGUGAAUGAGUAUUCUAACAUAGAAAGAUUUAUUCCUUUUUUUGUUCCCUGUCCCAGAGAAGCCAUUCUAAAUUACUGUGAUCUGAAAAUACUUGUAAAGUACAGUUUUCUAUUUUGUCUAUAUACCAAUUAAAUGAUUUUCUUUUAAAAAGGGGAUUAUGUUAUCUGUUAAGUCAUUCUAUUUC